AGAGACAGACAGACAAACAGAGAUUGAUAGGUUUAGACAGAGCAAAGAAGAGGGAUACAUGAAGUGGUGGAAGAGAUGAUAUGUGAGAGGGGGAACAGGGAGACCAGAGAUAAGAGCGAGUUAUCAUAUCAAUGAUAUUAAUCGAUAAAAUAGACAUCAUUUACUCGUCUUAUUAUUUUGUUGCUAUCAUUGACUUUUAGGUGUCAAGGCCAAAGUGCCCCGCCGAUUUCAAAAACUUGGGUUUUUCGACUCUUUUACGCAACCUAGUAUGUCUGGAAGGACGAUAUGCGACUCUCGAUUUAUUAUUUAAAUCGUUGGUCUCUAACAAGGAUCUGUGUAUGUAGACUUAAGCUGCCGAAAUGUGAAGGCAAGAUCAAUGAUAGAAGAGAAGCGAGAAAUACACGAAAACACAAAAUAUACACGUAAUAUAUUGUAUUAGACUUUGGAUGGCCAUGUUAAAUUAUCUUUCUAUCACUAUAGUCGCAAUUAAGCCCAUAAACAUGCUAAAGAGGAGUUUCAUGGAGCGUAUACGCUAGGCCUAUACGCUCGAACUAGUGAACAUAAUCUUAUGAGUCAGAUCAGGUCUUCAUAACACUCACAAACAUGACAAAGGGGAGAUUCGAAUGAUCCCAGGAGAUAUCAUAAGCUAUUAUGUGGACUCUGAACUAUAUAAGAGUAUAUAGCAGUAUUUGUUUGUUGAUUUCCCCUAUAUGGUCGGAGGAUUAUCUUUGCCGGUAUCACACUGUAUCAAGGUUUGUGUAGCAAACAUUUUACUGGAAAUGCCAUGAUGUUGCUGUGCUCGGCCAAUUGACUUAGGUCUGCCACCUUCAUUGAGGCCCUCAGAAGAAUGAAGGAAACAUUGAAUGAAGGACCCGAAGACAGUUCAAGGAGUCGCCUGAAAUGCCUAUUGAUGUGAUAGAGUUUGGCCUUGGGGGCGCUGCAGCUGCCUGUGCAGUCCUGUUCACCAACCCACUAGAAGUCGUCAAGACUAGGUUCCAGCUGCAGGGAGAGCUGAAGGCAUGGGGCACCUACCAGCGUCACUACAGGAAUGUCUUCCAUGCCUUCUAUACCAUCGGUCGCUAUGAUGGUCUCCUGGCCCUGCAGGCUGGGCUGCCUCCAGCCAUCAUCUACCAGAUACUGCAGAAUGGGACACGUCUUGGAACCUACCAGAGUCUAAUCGACAUGGGACUAACGAAGAACAAAGCUGGGCAGACUAGUUUACCCAAGACGAUGCUGGCCGCAGGAAUUGCAGGCUACGCUGGAGCUUUCGUCAGCAGCCCCAUGUACCUUAUAAAGACGCAAAUGCAAUCCCAGUCCCGUGAAGUCAUAGCCGUGGGACAUCAACAUACGCACUCAGGUUGGCUGCAAGGUUUGAAGAGGAUCUACGUAGAGGGCGGGGUGAAAGGUUUAUGGCGAGGUGUCAACGCACAAACGAUGAGGAACGGGAUCGGCUCGGUAGCACAACUUACUGCUUUCUCUCAGACUAAGGAUUUCGUCACAAAAACAGAGGUUUUUCGUCCCGGAAGCCUUUUUAUUCCGAUCAUCGCCAGCAUGGUGGCUGGUGCCGCUAACGUCGUCGUCAUGACACCCUUAGACGUCAUCAGUACCCGGAUGUACAACCAAGGCGUAGACGAACGCGGAAAAGGACUUUACUACCGAGGUGUGUGGGACUGUGCUACAAAGAUCUGGAGGAAAGAAGGUCUAGUGGGCUUCUACAAGGGCUGGUCCGCCUCGUGGUUUCGCCUGGCACCACAAACUGUCCUCAGUCUUUCGUUCUGGGACCUAGGGCGAAAACUUUACUACCGAAACUUCGACAAAAAUCAAUCAACAUAGAAAAUGACUUUACCUAUGAU